AUGACUGUCAGCUACGGCAGUCUCAUAGCAACCGUCAAGUAUGGGUCAUUUUUCCGUCUGCUUUUUCGAUGGCGUGGAAGUCUUUAUAAAUUAGUAUGGCCCGGUUUACUAGUUUACUGCUUCUUUUACGCCGUUGUAGCGAUCGCUUAUCACUCUAUACCAGAUGAACCGGAAUAUCGGAAUGCCAGGCUUCUUUUUGUCCAAAUAUGCUACAUCGCUGGACGUGUAUCAAAUGCUGUCCCAUUAUCCUUCGUUUUGGCAUUUUAUGUGAACUUGGUAGUUAGUCGAUGGUUGCAGCAGUUCCUUUGUUUACCAACUCCUGAUGCGAUAUGCGUUCUUCUAUCGGCCUAUUUAGGUGAAAAUCCUAAUCUCAAUGAUCACAAAAAAACAGAAAACAGCGAAGAAAGAGCGUUGAUUUUCAGAAGGACGAUUAGCCGUUACGUCAAUUUAGCUUCUGCUUUAUGCUUUUGCUCAAUAUCUGUUGGUAUGAAACAACGAUUCCCGACUCUUGAUAGUUUGGUCAUAUGUGGCUUAAUGACUGAACAAGAACUAGAAAUUUAUUCCAACUUGGAAGAGUCAACAAGCAACUUUUUCGUUCCAUUGGUAUGGGCCAUUUCUCUGAUUACGAAAGCUCACGAAGAAAAUAUGAUACGCGAAGAAAGACACGUGGAUGCAUUAGUCAAUCAGGUGGUAGAGUUUUGGGAAAAGUUGUAUAAACUGUGCAUGUACGACUGGGUGAAUGUACCUUUAGUUUACAAUCAGGUUGUAGCGCUGGCUGUGUACAUUUACUUUGCUGUUACAAUUUUCGGUCAUCAGUUUAUUGAUGCCCCUUCAAUCCUACCGCAUAUGUCAACCAGAGUCAAUUCAUCUAAUUUAACAUCUGUCAGCAAUAAUAAUGAUGUCAGCAGUGUUAUUCUCAACAAUCCUGCCAAUAAUUCAAAUAUCAAUAGUGGUUUAUCAUUUCCUAGAGUAUUACCAAAUAUUCCAGUAUUCACAAUUCUUUCUUUUAUUUUUUACAAUGGCUGGCUUAAGGUAGCUGAGUCACUUGUUUCACCGUUCGGUUUAGAUGAUGAUGAUUUUGAAGUUGUUCCAUUGUUGGAAAGGAAUUUAAAUACAAGUUUAUAUUUUGUAGAUACAUGUCUUUCCGAUUCGAAUUUAAUUCCUGAAUUAGUUAAAUCUGGUUGUAAAAUCGAUAUUGAAACUGAUGAUGAUGAUCAUACUGAUGGUACUGCUGUCAGUGAUUCAGAUUAUUAUAGUCGACUUAAUAUCCCUGGUAGUCGUCAAAGGAGAAUUAGUGCAAAGUCAAAAGGCGGUGUUAGUCGAAGAGGCAGUUUUCUGUCACCUUAUUCGUAUGAUGAAAAUGAUCUAUCAACACCUCAUACUUUUGAAUCACCUAUGGAUAAUGAAUCACCUUGGCCUGAAUUACCACCUACUCGUCAACGUAAACCGUCACAUACAGCUUUUAUUGGAUCAUUGGAAGUAGCUGAAGCUACAAAAGAAGGUAAUUUAAAUUUUUCUCCUUCGCUGCACUCUUUAACACCUGAUCAACAGAGUCCACAUUUACAUCCUGAUACAUUAAUUACUUCAGUAGGAUCAUCAUUUCACCGUUUAGGAUCUAAAAUUAAGAAAUUGUCAUUCAGUCGAUCAAAUACUCCAGUUAUUCACGAAUUAAAUAAUCUUAAUACAGAAAUUCUAAGUUCAAAUCGUUCAGAUAGUGUUGUAUCAAGUGAAGAUAAAUUUAAUUCUAAAGAUGCUUAG